AUGAGCGAAGUUGGCGAUACAAAAAUCUGUACAUAUAUGUAUUCUGUUUCUUGUUCUAUUAUUGCUGAAGUUUUAAUGAUAUUUGGAUAUAGAAAUAAUGCAUGGCUGGUAUUGUAUAAUGAUGACAGUGAACUUCAACGUGGAUUGAAUGAUGACUGCUUCAAAACUGACGUUAUUCGAUGUCAUUCAUGGCGGUCCUAUUCAAAUAGUUCUGUGAUGUUUCCGGGACUAUCCGCAGUCACGCCACCCAGCACUGCAAUGUACAUAGCGCUGUAUAUCGCUCGAGCACUUCUUUUCAUGCAAUUUGCAUGGCUUAUACUAUGUAUUAUUUGUUGUUGCAAUGUUAAAGCUGAGCUUCUCGCCAAGAAAUAUCAACGAUUUGUUCUGCACUACUGCGGUUUUGAA